AUGACACUUACUAAAUUUCAGGUUGAUAAGUGCGCAAAACUUAUAGAAAAAUUACUUGCUAAGCCAAUUUGUCUCCCAUUUAUUGAUCUCGUCGAUCCAGAUAAAGAUGGAGCUCCAGAUUAUCUCCAAAUUAUCAAAGAGCCAAUGUCGCUUCACGAAGUUCAAAAAAAGCUUAAAAACAAUUCCUACAGUACAAUUGAUCAAUUUGUUAGGGAUGUUAAUCUUAUUUGGUCAAACGCAAAAGAAUAUAACGGCGCAGAUACACUUUUUUCACAUAUGGCUAUGGAAGCUAAAAUUUGGUUUGACGGAAAGAUGAAGCAAUUCUCAAAUACUCCAGAAGAAGAAUGGACAAGAAAAAUCCAGCGUACUACUCAGAAAUUAUUAGAAGUAUUACAACACCCACCAGCAGAGCUUGAUCCAUCUGGUAAAUUAGCCCACCACGAAGGCGAGGCUCCAAAAUAA